AUGUCCGUGGCAGUGGAAACAGUCCCUGCCCAGAGCGAUACUGCUGAUACCAAUUCAGAGCUCUAUCGCGACAUAAUCUCCCAAUUCCCACUACUCAAUGCAUAUACGCAACUGCUGUUUGGAUUCAAGCUGCCAGCUGAUGCAGACCGCGAUGCCAUUGUCGCAUCCCUCCAGGGCGGCUUUGACAAGAUUAAAGCGCAGAUCCCUUGGACAGGAUGGCAGGUGGCUCGGGAGUCCAAACCUGGCGGCAUUUUGAAGGCGGUGCCGUGGCCGGCGGAUGUGCCCGAAGACCGCAUCAGGGCUAAAUAUUGUGACGACCUCAUCGCGCCCAUGGCAAAGCUCAUCUCAGCCGGUGUGCCGAUCCAUAUGCUCGACGGAUCGGUCUUGACUCCUUGGCCGGCACUGCCUCAUCCCCGGGGCCUCGAAGGUCCUGACCCCGUCAUCGCUAUGCAAGCUAACUUUGUGCGCGGUGGCCUGAUCCUCAAUCUCAGCACUCACCACACUAUCAUCGACGGCACUGGCAUCUACCAAUUUCUGAACCUGCUGGCCCUCGUCAUGGCCAGUAAGGAGAUUCCGGCUGAUGACCUGGAACAGGCCAACCGUGACCGCAGCCGCGUAAUCCCAUUGAUUCCACGCGGUGAUCUUCUCAAGGACUACAGCCACCUGCGGCGACCACCUGGCUACACUUGGGCGACGCCCUCGAGCCCGCUGAUGUGGUGCUACUUCAAGAUGCCAGUCAACGCUCUUGCUCGGCUCGUCAAAUUGGUCAAAGAUGACGUAUCAGCCAACAAACCGGGCUCUUUCAUGGUGUCCGAGAACGACAUCUUCUCCGCCUUUGCCUGGCAACGCCUCUGUGCCGUGCGUAUUGCCAACGGACAGCCGCCAGAGCGAAUGUCGAAGCUUGGCCGAGCCAUUGACGGCCGUAUGGCGCUGGGAGUACCGCUGACUUACAUGGGACACAUGGUAUGCCACGCUUUGGUACGACUGUCCUUGGGGCAGGUGGCCGAACUCUCCCUGCCACAGAUCGCGCAGGUGUUGCGCCGUGAGCUCAACCAGGCCAACACGGCAUGGGCUAUCCGUAGCUUUGCUACAUUCAUGGCCCGCGAGCCAGACACAUCUAGCCUGCUGUAUGGCGGCACACACGAUCCCCGGGCAGACCUCAUGGUGACGGCAACCGGCCAGGUGGCGCCUCUGCCGGCAUCUUGGGGCCCAUUAGGCCGGUCGUGCUUCUUCCGCCGACCAACCGCGGCUCCGAUCCCUGGCUGCUUGAUCAUCAACGAUGCUGAGGGUGCCUUCAUUCCUCUAACGCUGUGCAUGCCCGAGGACGACAUCAACGGUUUGAAGAAAGACCCACUGUGGAAGCAGUAUGUAAGAUAUGUUGGGUAG